AACUUCCAUAUCCAACGAUCCCGUCUUCACCUCGGUACAUCAUGGCGUAGUAAUGUGGAUGGACGGGGGCAGUACUGGUCGGCACGGAAAAGUUCAGAAACCAAGUAGCGUUGUUGCAAGAUCAUUGUAAACAAUCAACAAGCGAACGGGCAUUUCGAAAUCACUUCGAGCGGACUUUCGGUUCAUCAGUAACUAAAGAUGAUGGCUGAUGCAAGCGACAUGUUGGCAGCUGCCCUGGAGCAGAUGGAUGGCAUUAUAGCAGGCUCCAAGGCUCUGGACUACUCCAAUGGGCUGUAUGACUGUCAGUCACCCACCUCCCCUUUCAUGGGCAGCCUGCGGGCACUUCACCUUUUGGAAGACCUCAGGAGCGUCCUGGAGUUAAUGGACACAGAGGAAAGGGAGAGUCUACGCUGCCAGAUCCCUGACUCCACAGCUGACAGUCUGGUCGAGUGGCUCCAUGGUCACUUGUCCAACGGGCACAUCUCUCUGAGUGGGGCAGACCACUACCAGGAAAGGCUUUCCCGAAUAGAAAGUGAUAAGGAGUCACUGGUUCUUCAGGUGAGCGUGCUGACGGACCAGGUGGAGGCUCAAGGAGAGAAGAUUCGAGACCUGGACUUCUGCUUAGAUGAGCACAGGGACAAACUCAACGCCACUGAGGAGAUGCUACAACAGGAGCUUAUGUGCAGAAAUGCACUGGAGACUCAGAAGCUGGAACUGAUUUCUGAAGUGUCCAACCUGAAGCUGAAGCUGAAUACCAUCGAGAAGGACCGACUUGAUUUUGAUGAUAGAUUUAGGGAUAGUGAGGAUUUGAUUCUUGAAAUUAACGAACUGCGGUACAGAUUGACAGAGCUGGAGAGUGAAAAACAACAGUAUGAAAAGAAACUUAAAUCCACAAAGGAGGAGCUAGCCAUACUGAGGAGGCAGCUGGAGGGCCCAGACGGAGAGAUGAGGAGACUACAGGAUGAAACAGGCUUCAAAAUCACCGCCUCGAGCAGUUCAGAUCCUACAGAGAGAGUCUCUCAUCCAGAUGAAACUCUUAGAAAGAGGCUGAAAGAAAAACAUGUGGAAGUGCAGAGAAUGAAAAAGGCAGCUGAGUCGUUGAUGGCAGCCAAUGAAGAGAAGGAUCGAAAGAUUGAUGAACUAAAGCAGUCGCUGCUGCGGUAUAAGAAGGUUCAAGAGAUGGUGAUGUCGGUGCAAGGGAAGAAAGAGAAAAGCAAAGAUACCGAGCACAUCGAGAGUCAUGGUGAUGAAUCCAUUGCAUUCUUGUCAACCAUCCCUGUGUUUGCGGAGUCAGAAAAGUAUGAAGUUACAGAUGAACAACUGAAAAGGAGGAGCCCAGAUGAGUUGGAGAUCCUCAAUGGACUGAAUGAAGAGUCUUCACCCACACCUAGCCCUUCAGAUCCAGAAGGAGUAUCAGAGUCGGCACCAACAGAUGUAGAAAGCAGCCAAGAUGCUACAAAGACUGGCAGCCGAGACCAGCUGGAUAAGAGCAAUAAUCAAAAGAAUGCUAGUGAAGAGACCAGUGAAAAGCCACCCAUGAGUCCUUCAGCCACCUUGCCUGCCACCACAGAGGAUGACAACUUUGGCUCGAGAAAGGCUCGUUCAUCCUUUGGAAAGGGCUUCUUCAAGAUCCGUGGAGCCAAGAAGACAGCCGGUACCCCGAACCUCGACCGCAGCCGGAGUGCAAGUGCGCCUAUGCUAGCUGAAACAGAGCAACAGGGCACUGAACAUCUGGAUCUGGCCGGGCUGCCACAGAGGUUGGCUAACAGCGACAGCACCAACACGUUGUCUACAACCCCAGAGAGCAGGAAAAAGUCCAAAGGAAUAAAGAAACUCUUUGGGAAGCUAAAAAGGAGUCAGUCUACCACAUUCAACCUGGAUGACAACCUCCCAGAAGGUGAUUUCAAGAGAGGUGGAGUGCGAGCCACAGCAGGACCCAGAUUGGGUUGGUCUCGUGACCUCAAAAGAGAGAACAAUGAUGUUGAUGCUCCUUUUGCACGCUGGUCAAGGGAUCAGGUGUGCGACUGGCUGCAGGGGCAGGGUCUCGGCCUUUAUGUGAACAUGGCGCGUGUAUGGAUCUCCUCUGGUCAGACGCUGCUACAGGCCUCACAGCAGGACCUGGAGAGGGAGCUGGGCAUCAAACAUCCGCUGCACAGAAAGAAGCUGCAGCUGGCUCUGCAGGCGCUGGGCUCAGAGGAGGAGGAUAAUAAGGGAAAGCUGGACUACCACUGGGUGACGAGAUGGCUGGAUGACAUUGGUCUGCCUCAGUAUAAGACCCAAUUUGAUGAGGGGAGGGUGGAUGGUCGCAUGCUGCACUACAUGACAGUGGAUGACCUGCUUUCUCUGAAAGUGGGCAGUGUCCUGCAUCACCUCAGUAUCAAGCGAGCUAUCCAAGUGCUCCGACUCAACAACUAUGAGCCCAACUGCUUGCGUCGUAGACCGUCUGACGAGAACAAUAUUUCUCCAGCAGAGAUUUCCCAAUGGACCAACCAUAGGGUUAUGGAGUGGCUGCGCUCUGCAGACCUUGCUGAAUACGCUCCCAACCUGAGAGGCAGCGGCGUGCACGGAGGCCUGAUGGUUCUAGAGCCACGGUUCAACGUGGAGACCAUGGCUUUGCUGCUGAACAUCCCCCCCAACAAGACUUUGCUACGCCGUCACCUCGGCACACAUUUCAACCUGCUCAUUGGCUCAGAGGCCCAGCAGCUCAAACAGGAGUGCCUAGAAAACCCAGACUACACUCUGCUAACUGCCACCACUAAAGUCAAGCCAAGGAAACUGUCAUUUGGUAACUUUGGAAGUUUGAGGAGGAAAAAGCCGGAUGAGACAGCGGAGUAUGUGUGUCCGAUGGAUGUGGAGAUGCCAAAGGGACGAAGCUUCCAGAAAGGCUUCGAACUCCAAAUCUACGAGGAUGACCUUGACAGGCUGGAACAGAUGGAGGACUCUGAGGGAACUGUGAGACAGAUCGGAGCUUUCUCUGAGGGUAUUCAAAACCUGACGAGCAUGCUGAAAGAUGAUGAAUUCUUCAAAGAGGCUUCAAAUUCACCAAACCUCAGUGUAACAGACGAGGACUCCAACGCAUGAGCACGUCAGCACCGUGAGACCUGGCCCUGCUGUGAAUGAGACUCUGUGCCAGUCCUCUCAACUCGCACACAGACUUGUCUCAACAAACCCCAACAAUGCUCCCACAUUUCUUCUUAGUGUUACAUUCAAGGAUGAGCCGAAAGUAUUACAUUGUUAAAUGUUUAGUUUUAAGCGAUGGCAGCGGACGCUAUCACUCCUGUACUUUGUCGUCUGAUGACAGCCAGGGAACAUUUAGGGCAACACCACUGCUUGCCUACCAGCUGGUUUCUGGAGAUAUUUUGUACUCCGUUGUGUACUGGCACAUUUCUAUUUAUGAUAGAACACAAGUGUCAACCAGCAGAAGAAAUAUGCCAAUAUAGAUUUUAAUAUAUGUCUUUUAAAUUGACUGUAGAAAUAUUGAAAAAAUAAGUGAUAUGCUGAGAAGAUUUUCCCAUUUUUAGAAGUUGGUGUAAAGUAAUAACUCCGAAACAGCUGCUAUGUUUUCUACAGAACUAAAAAUUGUCAUAUAUUUUAUCCUACACUGAACAUUUUACAGGUUUUCACUCCACAGUAAUAUUCUCCAUGUAUUUGCACCAAUGCAUAACAUACAACGCCUAAACAAUAUCAUUGCGUGGUAUUGGAAUUCAACAUAUUUACAGUAUAUAAGUUCUUCCUGUUUAUUUUUUACUAUAAAUUGUUUUUUAAUUGGACCUGUAUUUUGGAAAAAUUUCAGAUUUAUUUGAAAUAAUAAUGUUAUAAUGCAACCAUUGACCAUACAUGUUCUGUUUUUUUUUUUAACGUUUAUUAAUUUCUGAGAUAAAUAAAGUUAUUUAAAUC